GGAAUAUACAGCCAGGAAUAUACUUCCCGGUUUUAACCCAGUGUUGGUUAAAUAAACUGAACUGUACAGCUUUGGUACUGGAGUUUAUCGGAGGUGAGGUCUUCUCACAACAUAUUUCUCUCUUCCAACAACAGCUCGUUGACUUGACUUGAACCUUGACGUCUCCAUCAACUCCUGUUACCCAGGAGAGUCCAGUCAGGCACCUUGUAAUGAGUCUCAAUGUGCCUGAAGGAUCUUAAGGACCUAAAUGGCUAUCUAACCUCAGUAUGUUCAGUCUUUGUCAUCUGUAUUGCGACCCAGGAGAAUGGAUUUACCACACGAGAAAUUAAGCCCCGUUGCGGAAUUGCAUGUUACUGGGGAAACUCUUUUGCGUUCACGACAAAAGAAAACCUUGAGGUACCAUGUUCCACUACAGUGAGUAUGAGGUCAGUGCAGAUCAAUGACCAUGGAAGGAAGAGGUGUCCUUGAACAGGACAACCGGGAGUUGAAGGUUGCUCUCAUCGGAUGGAAGAUGAGGUUGUGUCCAGAUACAACAGGACAGUGCUACAAGACACAGUUUUGUACCAGGAACUCCAAUGUUAAUGGAACAGGCAAAGUCUCGUGUUCCUGCUCUUCGUCAGAGAACCUGAACUGCUUCAAGGUAUACACCAGCGUGGAACAGAGACCUGGAUGUCUUGCUCAGUGUAUUGCCUUGCCGCUUGUGUGCACAACAUCCAUCCGUGAAACCGUUGGUAAAACUACAACCUGUCCAACCACCGACACAAGCUCUUGUACAAACUGCUGUCCAACACCUAAACACAACACUACAACCACAAGACCAACCACAACCUCCCGUACAACUGUAAGUGAUCGUACAACGGUACGGGAACGUACAACCAGAUCCACCCCUGCAGCUGGCACAACUACUGCAACAUCAAUAUUCACCGCGACUACUACAACUGGAACUCAAGACAAGGUCAAGCCUGAAGCCUCCUCACCUGCGUCAUUGCCUUUAGUGGGAGGAGUGGUUGGGGGUUGUAUUGGAGGUGUCGUCAUCACUGUUGCCGUCCUUCUGCUGUGGCGGGCAUGUCACUCCAGGAGAAGACAUCCACACAAGCAAGACGGAUCAAGGCAGAGAUGUUCUCACAUAUAUCUCUCUAACUUAUCAUCUCAAGACACUACAAUGACAUCUACAGUCCUGGAUGUAAGUCUGGCGUCAACAGGACAACAUGACCCGAGUGCUCAAGAAGUUGUACAUGACGUUAUCCAAGACAGGGCGGUCAUUCAUAGACUAGCCAUAUAUAGUAAUACUUCUCCCCAAGAACGCUCUAUCUAUACACACCUAGACAAGCCGGACGGGGAAGAGAAUGUUGACUCACACACAUACCUCGGGCUGAUUCACACAUACGGUAACGCGUCAUCUGUAGAACGACCACCCACAGUCCCUGACAUGCAGCAACAGGACAACACGCAAACACCAUGGCUGAAGACAGAGAAGACUAUGAGCUCGCUAAGCAGAUGCCAUUGUCACAUGAGUCUAGCGACCAGGGCGUCUACAUAGAGAUAAUAGGUUAGGUAUCUGGAACACACUCAAGGAUGAGGUCAUGCAGUGUUCAGUCCUGGAGACAGUUGACAUGCCGAAUGACAGGUGCAGCAACUGACUAUUUAAAGUACGAUGCUGCAUGAACUUCAUCUAAUACAAAGAUCACAAGAACACUAUCUCCACAAAAUUCCAGCUACAUGACGGCGAUCUGUAUAUAAUCGAGUCUGGACAAGACAAUUCAGUGAUUGACACUAUGAUCAUCGAUCCACGCAAUUGGGAUACGAUGACUUCCAUCAACCAAGUCAGCGAGCCUGACCACCCGACCCCGUUAGUUAUCUCUUAAGCCAAGCACAGUCGCCUCUUACAGCAAGCAUGGGUUGGUGAGGACCUAUUCUUACCCGCAUAUUUACGGGUGGAAAAUUAAUGGAGAGCUCAAACAAUAGAAGACUUCACAGAUGUGUUUUAACUGUGAUACCCCACUCAGACGCAGUAUGCUGACUUCGAGCCGACCAGUCCUCACAUACAGAAUAUAUGCUGCAAAACCGAAUUUAGAAUCAAUUUAAUUUUAUAUAUAUAUGCUUAGAUUUAUAAAUAUGCGACUACACAACACAAUGAGCUUCAAAAAAUGUUUUCUAUUAUGUAUAAUAUACAGUUAAGUCCCGUUGUAAAGUAUUUGUCUAAAUUCCCAUCAUUUGUUUCGGAUAAAGCUAAUUGGAUUAACGGCUUGACUGUAUCAAAAAACAAGUAAACCGCUUUCCUAAUCAGUCCUGAAUGGAAUAAGCCUCUGGUUUUACCCUCGAUGCGCCCGUAAAAUCACUAUCUUUCUGAAGUGGAUUCCCUGAUUGGUCAACAUGAACGUCAAAUAAUCACGUCUUUUACAUUCAUAUAUUGUUCUUUUGGUAUUUUCUGUAAAAUUACUAUGCAGAUGGUGAAAUUAUCAUAACGAUUUUUUUUUAUCUUUUAGAUAAUGAAAGACUUCUCUUUUUUCUAUAUUAUUUCUUGCCAGAUGUAAAUAGCUCUUAUAUGGAAUGUGGGUGUGGUAGAUUCCACACACUCUUUUACAAGUCAACAAGGUAUUAAUAAUUAGCGAAGUAACAUAUCUUAUAUCAAAUCAAAACCAAAUAAAUUGUACACUGGGCAGAAAAAGUUACACCACCAAUUAUAAUUUGUUGUUUUAUUGCAGCUUUUGUGACGUGAGUAAUAGACUCACCAUACUCGCCAACCUACAAAGAGAUGUACAGCACAUUUCUCAACACAUUAUAGUAAUUGUGAAAGUGAAUUGCAUGUGACAAGGCCACACGUGUAUUUCUUUUCUUUUUCAUGACAGGUAAUGUAGUGGUUUCCUUCUGUAUGUUAUUAGAGAUGACAAGAACAAGAAAUUGUAAUGUACACAAAUGCAAUUUUAGUUAUUAGUAUAGUUUUGUACAUAACUGCUGGAUUGUACUUUUGACUGUUUCAUUUGCGUUUUCAAUAGACAUUAAUAGACUACAUGUCAAAAGUAGCCAAACAUAAAUAGCAGCUAUUAUUCUGCUAUUUGGGUCUGCUGUAAAAUAUUUGUCCGAAUUUGUAGACCUUUUUUUGGAUACUUAAAUAUUUGCAUUUCACAAUGAUAAAAACAUUCUUGGUUCGUCCAUACAUAUACUUGUGUCAGUGCGGGUAGCUAGGGUGGAGCUGACAUUUUGCUUAUUCGCAGUAAUCCCUAUCAUUGAAUGAAUUCCGGAAACAAAAGGUUUUGAUGUCAGCGGUGACACUUUCAAUGCUAUGUCAUGCACCAUAAUUGUAAACAGUGUCAGUAAACAUUUUCGUCAAACUAAUGCAUAUCCUACAUCCACAAUCAUGACAUUACUCUGAAGUUGUCAUUUAAGUAGUGGAACAUCUUGGUGAGAUUGUUCUUAUUGUAUUGGCCCCUUGGGGGUUCCAGGCUAGAUGUGUGCCCGGCUACCCGUGCUUGUUGUGCGAGGCAACUAAGUUGAUCAGGUGGGCUGCGUGUCAUCAUGCAUCAAUGACGUGGGAUACUGCUUAUAACAUCAAUCACUGGUUUGUCUCGUCCAUACUUUAUUUGAAGGCCGCCAUCAAUCAUGUGUCAAUAGCUGGAUUGUUGCGGAGUGCGGCGUUAAACGACAUGCAAGCAAAUGUUGUCAUAUGAUCUUUUCUUCAGUUAGUGUAUACAAUAUGCUAAAUUCACAUACAAUAAAGUAAAACUCUCUAUGGAGCCUUACAGACUGGAAA